GUGUUUAUUUGGCUCUGUUUCUGUUUCCCCGUCGUGUUCGCUCGCGUAGACAUGGCUGUGGAUACUUACGCGUCGUCGAACCCUAAUGAGGUUCAUGAGGAUGUUCUUCAGAAAGCUAGAGAUGCUUGCUACAAGGCCAGAGAUGCUUUUUACUCUUGUCUUGAAAAGGAAUCUGGUAAAAAGCCAACUGAAAUCGCGACCGUGGGUCUUCUCUACCCGAAGGAGUGUAGCAAUUCUAGAACCCAAUUCGUCAACAACUGUCGCUCCUCUUGGGUGAAGCAUUUCGAUAGGGAGUACUGUAGGAACAAGAGAGUUCAAAGGCUGUUGGAUGAUGGAGAUGAGAGGAAAGGUCCAAUGUCACUUCCUCAGCCUUACACUUUCAAGCCUUCUCCUUCAACUUAGUUUCCUUCCUUUCCUGGUGUUAAGGAGUCUAUGUUGAGGAAGAAGAUUUACAAUGGCCAAAUACUGUUUCUGAAUCAUGAGAGUUAUUUUCUUUGCCUAUAGUUUUAGAUCGUAUUUGACUUGUAAGCCUUUUAACAUGGGAAUCAAGUGUGGCUCAUUUGAAUUCAAGAACCUGAUUGUUUGCUUUUUGUGUCUAUUGCCAAAAACGUUUGUUGAUCAAUCUGCAAGCAUCUAGUAUACAAUAUGCUGAGGUUUAUAUUUACAUAUGUAGUACCUGAUUGUUUGGUUGUUGAGCUAUUGAAGCAGUUAGUUAUAGA